AUGGCGGAAUAUAAAGAGUCAUGCGAGAAUGAGAUCGACGCGGUUUUAGAGCCGCUGCACUCUGAUGCUUUAGCCAGUGAAGAAGAACUACAACACGCUUUCGAAGAAGCGAUCGAAGAAGUAAGUUGACACCGUCUUGACUGAAAUGUCGAACAUACUUAGUCAAUAUUUUGUGCAACAUAUUUCUGCACUCUUGCCAGGUUCAAAUGGGAUAUAUUUAUAUUUUGAUGCUUUUUCUAG